CUGCCUUAAUCAGUUGACGUUCGUAUAGAGAGGUUAAAUAAGGACAGAAACAGUUUCGGAUAUAAAACAAACGUUAGGUCCUGUUUCUAAUCAUGGAUCCUGCAGCGUGUCAAGCACUUGCAAAGAAGUAUACGAAUGACGUCCAAGAUAAGCUUAAGAAGUAUGACGUCCUACGUGAUUUGGAUGUUUUCGUUUUGGACAACUCGAUUCGUGAGAGUACUGUUGGUCAGCUGAAGGGACAUACUUUGGAAGACAAAUGGACAAUCUACGAAACAUCGAAGAAAUGCGGCUUCAAAAACAUCAUAGUCGCCAGCUUUAACCAAAUGACUCGUGUCGAUGACGUUUUCAUGAAAGAUCUGAUAGCAAAAGGCGAAGACCCUGAGACACUUUGGGCUUUCUCCGAAAUCACGGAAAGUAUCAAGAAUAAGAUCCCGGAUACAGAGAAGUUGCCGGUCGGACUACGAAAGAUGCAAUCUGGUGGUUUGCGAAACGUCAUUUUUGAGAUUGACCUUGGUGACUCUACCUAUGACUUCGACAAGUUUACCGUCGCUCAAAUGUGCUCUCUCCUUGAGAAGCUAAUACGAUGGUGCUUUGCUAAUCUCGGCAAGAAGUCUAAAAUUUUGUUUAAUUUGCGUGAUCUUCCUGACGCCAUGUCUGGGGAUGCAGAUCGCGUGUUCAUGGUGGUGUCAUUUCUUUCAAACCUUCCUAAAGAUAUCCAGUUGUUUGGGUUGAUUUUUGAGGAGCCGCGUGGGAAGUCCUUGCCGGAAGAAUGCGGAACUUGGGCUAAGUAUAUGCGACAGGUUAUGGACGACGCGAAAUGGAAAGGACACCUUCUUGUUCAUGUGCAUGAAAAGUUUGGAUAUCUCGACGCAACUGCCCUUGAGGUGCUGAUGAACGGGGCUGACGGGAUAUGGGCGAGUGUCUGUAACGAGGGAGCGGCGAUGGGGAACGCUUCAUCUUGUGUGACUCUCAUCAAUCUCGUGCGGCUUGGUAACAAAAAGGUCCUUCAGCGUUACAACUGCGCUUAUCUCCGCAAAGCCGCAAUUACCGCGACAGAAAUAAGCACAGGAAUACCGCCGCAUAAGAACCAGCCUGUAUACGGCGCCCGAGCUUUGGAUUUCGUUUUUGAUUUGGGAAAGGAAGAGUUUGACCUUGCAAGCUUUUUUGGAGAAACGGCUCCUGUUCGGAUCACAACACUUGCCUCGCCUGAGAUGGUGCGGUCACAUCUUGUGAAUCUAUUCGGUGAAGAUAAAAGCUUCACGGUAGAGCAAGCAUACGCAAUGAAAGAAGUUAUGCUUGCAGAUUUGAGAAGUGGAAGAAAGGAAGAAUACAUGAGCAAGGUUGGACUUGCGAUCCUCUUUGAUCGCUCUGGAGGUAAAGUAACACCUGCAAUGAGGGAUGCAAUAGAAUCAGACACGCUUCUCACUCCACACGCUCAGAAUCUUCUUGCGGAGAUCCGCGCACGCUGGGACGAGUGGGACCUUAAGGAGGAUGAAAAAGACCGAGGGGACAACAUGUUACUCUUUGAUUCGUUUUACAAUGCUUUUAUGGCACCUUAUUUUUCUUGCUACCGUUGCAACGACACGAAGAAAGCGCUUCAGUGUCUGGACAUGGACAGUGACGGACAGGUGGACUGGUCAGAAUUCCUCGUGUAUCUCAAGUGGGCGUUACACCAGUACCCCGAGGUCAGAAGCUCCAUCGAGCUCAUAGAUGUCGCCUUCCAAAAGGGGCUCAUUCCCGCUAUGAGGGAUGAACUUCUACGGCAACAGGAAACGAAAUAAACAAAAGUAUUUCGAGAGCAAAAUGACCUUGAGAUUAACGGUAUUUGAUAUCAUCGGGCAGAAGAUCUUAAGCCGAGUACCUUUUUUUUGGAAAGUUCCCUUAAUCGCAGGGCAAUAGUUUUACUUACACGGUCUUCACCGAAAUGUUGAAUACUAGUAUGCAAAGUUAUUUACAAUAUUUGAGUAAAUUUACAUUUUACUGACCGUUCCAAGGCGGUACCUAACAAUUCUU